AUGGCAAGAGCAACUAUAUGCGAUGAAUUGAAUAUUAAUUCCAGAUCUGAUGUUGAUAAAUACAUUGCUGGACUAUAUGCAAGAUUCACAUUCCCAACUCCUGAACCAGCCACUAUUGAAAAUUUACCAACAUCAUCAUUGAUUCAGAUUUGUUCAUAUUUGCAACCAAAUGAACUCGUGAAUUUGGCUGUUUCAUCCAGAAUUUGGUAUUUCCCUGCAAUUAAAGCAUUAUACAAGAAGAUUGUUGUCACUGACAAUUUAGAUGCAUUACACUCAGUAAAGAUUACUAUUUCUAAAGGUUUUAAAAAUUGUGGUACAGUUAUCUCAGCAUCCCAAUUCCAAGAAUUGUUGUUGACUAUUAGCUCCAAUCCUUAUUUGGCAUCAUUUGUUAAAUCAUUGACAUUGAAUAUCAGUGAGGAAACUAUCAAUUUGAUUCCCUUGUUGUCCAAUAUUCCAGGUUUACAGCUUAGAACUUUGAUUGCUCCUCGUAUUCCUAUUUCAUAUUUUACAAAGAGAAACAAUUGGGAUUUAAGAAAUGUUAAACGAUUAGCUGUUUCCAUUAAAAGUGUCAGUCCCGAUGCAUUAUGUUUUCCACAAUUGGAGAGUUUGAAGAUUUACUACAGUCAAAGCCAACACGACCAAAAGAAUUUAAGAAGACUUGGUAAGAUGUUACGUAAAGGCAGAUCAUUAAAGAGGUUACAUGAACUAGAAUUUGUUGAGAAUUCUUGUAAUGCAAAAUUAGCAUUACUUAACAUUUUUAAUGAUGAGUUGGACAUGAAUUCCUUACCAUCAUGGACACACUUUUUCGAUUACAUAAUUAAAGGCAAGAAACCAAAGAAAUUGAGAUUGGAUUCUUUGGCAAUUGAAGGAUUUGUUGGUGAUAAAGCAGUUCAAUGUGUUGAAAAGUUAUCCGAGGCAGUUGAAUUAUCUGAACUUUUCAAUUUACAAUUACACAUUAGGGAACAAAGUCAAACUCAAUCUACAGCAUCAUUAAAUUCAAUUCAAGACAGUGCUGGUCAAUUUCUCGAUUUGAUUACUCAAAAAACUCCAUCGUUAGAAAGUUUGGCCAUUACACCAACUACAAAUUUCUUGCUUCUCCAAAAGGAUUCAAUUGUUAAAACCUUGACUGUUAAUUUAAGACAUCAACUUAAAAAUCUUCUGUUGGUUUAUGAGAGUGUUUCAACUGGACAUUCCCAAAUUGUUCACGAGGCAAUUUGCAAGUAUCAAAGCAAAAUGGAAAGAUUGUUGAUAAAUGAUAAAUCCACUGAAGCCAUUGAUAGACAACUUUUGUUCAAGUGCAUUCAAUCAAAUCCAGCAUUAUUGAAACUUUAUGAACAUGGAUUGAUGUAUGAACAAAUGCUUAUUGACUUGUUAUUCAGUGAUGUUUUCUUGACUGAUUUCUUGAAAUUGGAUGAAAAUUUUAUUGUCAAUGAUCAUAUGUUACAAUUUAUUGAGAAAACUUCUGGUAAAGGAUUGAAUGACUUUUUAUGGUGUUUUUUAAACUUCAAUUUUAGUCCGGUGGUUUCUCAUAAUUCCCAAUUGAUUGAACAAUUAAGGCAUUUGCAAUAUUUGAAUGUUUUGGGAAUUAGUCUUGUGGUUCGUUUCUCCAACGGUCAUUUAAAUCAUCAAUUGCAUGAAUUAUAUUACAAUACCAAUGGUAACAUGUCCAUUUAUAGUGGUUUAGCUUUGGCAAAUUAG